GGAAGAAGCCUCCAUUUUAUUUUUCACAAAUUUUGCAGAGGACUUUUAAACGUUUUUCAGUACUAAAUUAGUCUUAAAUUAGGUUAAUUUGAGUCUUGAGGAUGGGAGUUCCAGCAUUCUUUCGCUGGCUUUCGAAGAAAUAUCCAUCGAUCGUGGUACACUGUGUUGAGGAGAAGGGCCGUGAAGUUGAUGGUGUUCGAGCUCCUAUAGAUACAAGUUUACCAAACCCCAAUGACUAUGAAUUUGACAAUCUGUACCUGGACAUGAAUGGAAUCAUUCAUCCUUGUUGCCAUCCAGAAAACAAACCAGCUCCUAAGAAUGAAGAUGAAAUGAUGGUAGCUAUCUUUGAAUACAUCGACAGAAUUUUCUCAAUUGUGAGACCAAGAAAAUUACUUUAUAUGGCUAUUGAUGGAGUGGCACCAAGGGCAAAAAUGAACCAGCAAAGAUCUCGUCGUUUCAGGGCAUCUAAAGAAACAAAGGAAAAAGCUGAGGAAAUUGCAAGGAUACGGAGUGAAUUGAAGGAAAAAGGAGCUGCUUUACCUCCAGAAAAAGAAAAAACAGAACACUUUGACAGUAACUGUAUCACACCGGGUACAGAAUUCAUGGCAAACCUUUCCAUAUGUUUGAGGUACUACAUUGCCGACAGACUAAACAAUGAUCCUGGAUGGAAAAAUAUUAAAGUGAUUUUGUCAGAUGCCAAUGUCCCUGGAGAAGGUGAACACAAGAUUAUGGAUUAUAUCAGAAAGCAAAGAGCGAGUCCUCAUCAUGACCCUAACACAAAGCACUGUUUGAAUGGAGCUGAUGCUGACUUGAUUAUGCUUGGACUUGCAACUCACGAGCUUCAUUUCACAAUAAUCAGAGAAGAGUUUAAGCCAAACCAGAAGAGACCAUGUGAGAUAUGUGGACAGAUAGGACAUAUGAUGGAUGAAUGUAUGGGACUUCCCAAAGACAAACAGGGAGAGUUCGAUGAGUUAUCCGCUCCUGUGGCUCAAGAUGUAGAGUUUAUUUUUAUCAGGCUGAAUGUCUUACGAGAGUACCUUGAGCGCGAGCUUAGAAUGGAAGGUCUUCCUUUUCCUUAUAGCUUUGAGCGUGCUCUUGAUGACUGGGUAUUCAUGUGCUUCUUUGUAGGAAAUGAUUUCCUCCCACAUUUGCCAUCAUUGGAAAUCAGGGAAGGAGCUAUAGAUCGUCUGGUGGGGAUCUACAAGCGAGUUUUACCAAGAUGUGGGGGUUACCUGGCCAAGCAUGGUAUCGUGGAUCUCAGCAGAGUUCAGAUGGUACUUCAAGAGCUUGGUUAUGUGGAAGAUGAGAUCUUCAAGAAACGACAGGAAAAUGAUCUAGCAUACAAAAGACGGCUGAAAGCCAAUAAAGAGAGGGAUAGACAAAAAAGGCAAAGAAUGGAUGCACCUCUGUGGACACCCAGUGGUCAGUUCAGUCCUCAUGCCAUCACUAACACCCCAUCGCCUAUUGUUUCACCGCGCCAAGAAGCCUAUGCCAUGCGACAACAAGCCAUGUCUCACAGUUUCGGAAGCUCUCCACAAGAUGUUGCCAAUAAGAGCGCUGCGGCAAACCUCAGAGCCAUGCUUGUCACGCCAUCACCUGGCGGAAACACGUCUUCUGCAGCAAGUACGCCAAACUCGACACCAGCGUCCAACAAGAGGAAGCAUGAAGAUGAAGACGAGGAACCAAAAGAUGAUAUCAGGUUAUGGGAAGCAGGAUGGAAGGGCCGUUAUUACCAAAAUAAAUUCCAGCUGUCUGAGAACGAUGAGGGAUAUGAUGACUUUAGAAAGAAAGUGGCCGAUGCGUAUGUGGAAGGACUUUGCUGGGUUUUGCUCUAUUAUUAUCAGGGCUGCCCAUCUUGGAAGUGGUUUUAUCCAUACCAUUACGCACCUUUCGCUUCGGAUUUUCGUGACCUUGCUUCGCUCCCCAACUCGUUUGAACGUGGAACUCAACCGUUCAAACCCCUGGAGCAGCUAAUGGGAGUGUUCCCAGCAGCGAGUGGAAAGUUCCUGCCGCCAACCUGGCGAGUGCUCAUGUCCAAUCCGGAUUCGCCGAUAAUUGAUUUCUACCCGCUGGAUUUUGAAAUUGAUCUGAACGGGAAAAAAUACGCUUGGCAAGGCGUGGCUUUGUUGCCCUUUGUUGACGAGAAGAGGCUGUUAGCUGCUCUUAGUCAGGUGUACCCAGAUCUCACGGAAUUAGAAAUGAAAAGGAACAGCCGAGGUAAAGACCGCCUCUUUCUUCGUCAAGGAAAUCCAAUCUUCGACUUCUUUGUUGGUUUAUACGAAGGAGGUGGCAUCAAACAGGCGGUAGAUAUCGUAGCAGAUCUCAGCGGUGGAAUGUCAGGAAAAGUAGAACCAGAUGAUGUCCCCAUAUUACCACACAAAACCGUUCCUUCUCCAAUACCUCAACUUAAGGACUUGAGAGACAACAGAACCAUAAGCGUGCUGUUUACAGACCCUGUUUACGAGGACUAUUUCAUUUAUAAAGCGGACGUUUUACCCAAGGGACAGCCUCCUGACCGUGUUCUGAAGCCGGAGGGUUAUGACAGGAACACCCCCUAUAGACCUGUGAUUGGCAUGAAUGCCAACAGGACUUCAUUCGCUCAGCUGGACGCUGCUGGAAGACGAAUGCUCAAUUUUCACAGAGGUGACGUUUUUCAUCCUUCUACGCCAGGAAGCUAUGUUCCUCCGUUACGGUCGCACUCAGGUCCCCCACAGAAUUACGCCAGGCAAGGUUACCCUCCUCAACAAAGAUCCAAUCCGAACACUCCUCUAUCGUCACGUGAUUAUAAUGAUCCCAGACGGAAUAGCUACGAUAGGAACUACGGUCAACGCUACAAUUCUGGUGGUUACCAAGGCAACCAACCCACCCCGUGGUCGCAUACAAUGCCCUCCUACCGGGGACCGGGCUCCAGUCAGUCCCGGUUCUCUCAAAAUAAUUCGAACUCGUCACGUGACCCACGACAACAGCAGAACAAUUGGCAGCAUGGUCGGGAUGAUCGUCGUCGUUCAUAUCCGCCUCCCAAUUACCGUUACAGACCUUACUAAGAUUCGUCACUAUUAUCAACUAGCCAAUCAGCAGUCUCAACACCACUUUCAAAUUCAAGAGCGAAAACGGAACGUCUGAGUGCAGGAAUGUUUCCCAUAAUGCUAUGGUGCUUUUCCGUCAAGCUAUCACUGUGGAAUCAAACUAUUAAAUGACUGGAUUCCAUUAUUGUGACACUGUGACUUUCUUACUUAUAAACUGUUCAGUCGUUAUUGCUUCGUAUUAGACCUGGUGUCGUGGCCGCAUUUUGUUUGAAAAUGGCCUUUCACAAGUUUGAAAUAACGACGAUGUACCUAACUCUCUUCUUCUCUUCGAAGAGGAAAGAUUUGCUAUUGCUUUCGAGGACGAAAAGUCAAGAUUUAAUCGACAAAUAAUGUUUUAUCGGUGUGUUUUGGGAAGUAUUUCAUUUAGGUUUUCUCAGUCAAUCUCUCGUGUAAAGCUACUUUGGUUUUGCAUAAAUGAGCGCGGUUUAUUAUUUUGUUUUUGUUGACGGAUGUUUGGUCGUUAUUUAUGGAUCAAAAAUUGUCAGCGAAGUCAUUGACAAAAGGGAUUAAAAGUCGCUGUAAAUAAUUCCACUUUUCACUAAACAAGUGUUUUAUAUACUCUAUUAAAUAAUUACUUUGACGCU